UUAACGUUAUGGAUUUUCAUCUGUUUAAUUAGGGAGGAAAGAUCGAUAAGGGUUCUUCUUCUCUUGUACCUGUAACAGCUGAUACUGGCCAAGAACACAGUUCUACAGUUCCACAGUUGCAGUGGAAGAACCUUUUAUCGUACAUCAUGAUCGAGCAAUUAGAGAAACCAUAGGUACUCUAUUCAAAGUUAGACGCGAUGUACUGCAGCAUCCCAUAAGAAGUCAUGGUGAAGAUCAUUAUUGUGAAAAUCCCCAUAAAGCCGAACGAGGAAUUCAGCAGACUGAACGAGCCGCUUCAAACAGUUGCCACGGGAUACUGUCCCGCUAACUAUUCCGUCACACAGACGAACAACGAGGAGAAGCUGCAUCCAGAGAAUGAAAUAUACCCUACACAGGAAUACAGGCAAGAGCCGUGGCUUCAAGAUGGCAGCAGCUGCGAAACGGAGGACAGCGAGCAGUACGUUCCCGAGUUCCAUCGGAUGUCAAACGCCAGUGUGAAACAGGAAUCCGCAAACUGCAGAAGGAUCAGCGAUAAUAAUUAUUCGCCGUACCAGACGUCGGUGAACCAUCCCCAUUCGCAGAGCAGCACCUUCCUGGACCUCGAUCCGGAGAAUCGGAGCGGCUGCUUCGGAAGCGGCAAGAUGAGCUCGCGGACAACGGAAAGCACGAAGAACGUGGCGGUGAAGGAGGAACCGGCUGACAGAGGGUACGGCGAGUCGAUUUCCGUCACGACCAUCCCCACAUCGACGGCCCAGGACACUCGAAACACCAACAGCAUGGUUUAUCAGCAACAGCAGCAGUACGCCAGCGGAACUAGGAAUGCCAGAGGAUCUCCAUCGCCUAGCCGGCCAGCCAGCGCUUCCUCCGCGGCUUCUCAGUGGCAAUCAACGGUCUCGGCUACGGGCGAAGCUUUCUUUCCGCGUCAGGAGAACUGGAGCUCGGAAGUGUAUGGUAAAAGAAGCGUGACUCCCACGUGGACCGAGCUAGGAGUUCAAUUAGACGGCAGGAAUCCGUCGUGGGAGAGACAGAGCAAUUGUUACCAGAAGAAAGGCUCUCCUAGCUCGUGGAACGCGGACUAUGCCGGCAAGAGGCCAUCGUCGACGACAGGAGUGUCGCCUUGGAGCGAGAUGUCCGUUGGCUAUCAGCAGCAGCGUCGAGGUUCUCUGCAAUUAUGGCAGUUCUUGGUCACCCUGCUGGACGAUCCUGCGAAUGCUCCCUGCAUCGCGUGGACCGGCCGUGGGAUGGAAUUCAAGCUGAUCGAACCGGAAGAGGUGGCUCGCAGGUGGGGAGUGCAGAAGAAUCGUCCGGCUAUGAAUUACGAUAAAUUAAGCAGAUCGUUGAGGUACUAUUACGAGAAAGGGAUAAUGCAAAAGGUGGCAGGAGAGAGAUACGUGUACAAGUUCGUGUGCGACCCGGAAGCGCUUUUCAAUAUGGCGUACGGCUCGGCGGGCUCAGCCAGUCUUCCCAGCGAAGUUCAAAACGGAGUUCGAAGUCAGUCGAUAUCCGGAAAGAUAUCAUCCUCGAACGAUGUCUCCGAUUUAGCGAAACAUCCUACCACGGGCUACGGCGAUGCAGUCCUUGCCAUGUACUCGAACACCGCUGCAGUGUAUGGACCGUCCAGUUUACAUCACCUGCACCAGUAUCUCGGUGGCAACGAGGGCUUCAAGACACCAUCGAACAGAUACCAUCCUCAUUACUCGCACGAGUACAACGGCAGUCAUCAUCAUCCGCCGUCUAGUUACGCAGAGACCUUCCUGAACUACGGUCGCUUGUCGCACGACGCUGCGACCGAAUCCAGAGGCCAGGAGCUACCGAGAAUCCCAUACCCGCAGGAAACCGAGGGUAUCAGCAGAGAGCGAGAACCUUCAUCGAUCUUGUACGAUGGUGUGCAGAGAACGCAAUUACCGGCCGCUCCUACGCUAUCCCAGCCGACCUUGCUAGAUGCUACCACCACCAGCUCGAAGAUCGAGCAAACUUCGUACGCCUGCUUGGGUGUAGGCAGUUGCGUCUCCAUGGGUAGGAGCAAAUCCACGGAACCGGAAGAAUCCACGAUGGGCUUCAAGGACAAGCAGAAGGCCUUGGACACGUUGAAGGCACUGGACGGUCGAGAUAUCAGUUAUCAAUACCACGUGAUUGCCAGCUUCGUGACCCGCUCGAAAAGAACGCUGCAGAUCACCAGGGACGAGGAAAAGUUGGCGAACCUUCGCGAGGCUUUGAAAGUGUUCGAGGAUUGGCUGGCUGAUUACAAGGAAAACAAUCGUAGCAAAGAGAACCUCGCUUACGUGCCAAUCGAGACUAUAAAAGGCUACAGGACUCUUGCCAAAAAAUAUGAUGUUCUGGAAGAGGAAUUUUACAACGCGUACAAAAAGGAGAAGGGAGACUAUAAAGGUCUGCGGUCUGUUAAGACUCCGAGCAGAGAGACCACCUGGGACAUCGAGAGGAAUCGAAGGUUGAAGCAGAUCAUCGAUAAGAUCAAACAGGAGCACAUACAAUGGUACGAGACCGACGUGGGUGACUUCCGGGGACUGCCGACUAAGGAACACGUUCAGUGCAUCAUGCUGGGUUACAGUCCAGAGCCGACCAAGGUGAAAAAACUCAUAACCCAAGUGGAAGAGAAGUUUGGAUCCGAGAACAACGAGGAUAUGGACACGAGCGAAGAUGCGAGGGAGAGGGCCACGAAGAGAAGGCACAGCAGCUCGUCUAGCGAUGACAGCGAGGAUGACGAACCGGAGAAAAAGAUUACGAAACUGUCGGUGGAGGAAGAGAAAACUGAGAAAGAGGAGAGUGGACUCAGUUUCAAAGAUAAGGAGAAAGCUUUGCAGAGUAUCAAGUCACUGGAUGGCAGGGACGUAAGUUAUCAGUACCACGCGAUCGCUGGCCUGGUGAAAAGGGCCGAGCGGGUGAUAUCGUGCACAAAGGACGAGCAAAAGAUCAAGAACAUGAAAGAGGCCGUCGAAGUGUUCGAGAAUUGGAUCACGGAUUAUAACGUGAAUGGCCGGGCAAAGGAGAACUUCAAUUAUUUGUCCAUCGACUUGGUACGAGCCUUCAAGCCAUUGGCCGACAGAUAUAAGAUAGAAGAUAAUGGAUUUCUUAAAGCGUACGAAGAAGUCGAUGGAGAUUAUAAAAAGCUGAGAAACGUUCAAGUUCCAGACUCGAGUAAUACGUGGGACAUAGAGAGAAAUAAGAAUCUUCGAAACCUGGUAGACCGUAUCAAGGAGAAGAAUAUUCAGUGGUACGAAACGGAUGACGAACUUCGCGAUUUACCUACAGAGGAACAUACCCGAUGUAUUAUGUGGGCUUUCAGCCACGAUGUCGGCAAGCUGAAAAAACUUUUACCUACGCUGGCCGAGAAGUUGAAAUCUUAAAUAUCAUCGUACAAAUGCGUUUAACCUACAUACUUAAGUUAUCACUAUAUGUACAAAAAGAUUUAGUUUUAUUUUUCUUCAA